AUGAAUCGCUACACAAUGCUCAAACAGUUGGGGGAUGGCACCUACGGAAGUGUACUCUUGGGCAAGAGCAACGAGACUGGUGAGCUGGUUGCCAUAAAGAGGAUGAAGAGGAAAUUUUAUUCGUGGGAAGAGUGCAUGAAUCUCAGGGAGCUUAAGUCACUGAAGAAAUUAAACCAUCCCAAUGUAAUAAAACUGAAGGAGGUCAUAAGGGAAAAUGACCACCUCUUCUUUGUCUUCGAGUAUAUGAAAGAAAAUCUCUAUCAGCUCAUGAAUGAGAGGAGCUGCGCAAAUUUUUCUGAAAAUGAGAUAAGGAACAUCAUGUUUCAAGUGCUGUCUGGCUUGGCUUUUAUGCAUAAACAUGGAUAUUUCCACCGGGACAUGAAACCAGAGAAUCUGCUCUGCACAGGUCCAGAACUGGUUAAGAUUGCAGAUUUUGGUCUUGCCAGAGAAAUUCGCUCACAGCCGCCAUAUACUGAUUAUGUGUCUACUAGAUGGUACAGAGCUCCAGAAAUCCUGCUCAAAUUCACCUCAUACAGCUCACCCAUUGACAUUUGGGCAGUGGGGUGCAUCAUGGCAGAACUGUACACACUCCGACCCUUGUUUCCUGGUAAUAGUGAGGUGGACGAGAUCUUUAAGAUCUGUCAAGUGUUGGGAACUUUAAAGAAGGCAGAUUGGCCCGAGGGCCACAUUUUAGCAAGCUCAAUGAACAUCCGCUUCCCAAAAUGUGUCCCGACCUGCCUCAGCUCUUUGAUUCCAAAUGCCAGCGAUGAAGCCAUAACACUAAUGAAAGACAUGCUGCAAUGGGACCCGAAGAAAAGGCCAAAUGCAGCACAGGCACUGCGGUAUCCAUACUUUUAUGUGGGUCAGUCACUGGGUGUCCCUCUGAAGUACUCAAAGCAGCACAAGUUCCUGUCAAAGGAUGUCAAAGUAAUUGUAGAAGAAAAACCUCUGUUUAAAACAAACAAGUUUUCUGAAGAGCCCAAAAAGAUCCAAGCAGAAGCACAAAUCAGCAGCCAAGGUCUUCAUCAACCCCUUCAUCCCAUCCAAAUUACCCAGCAGGCAGACACACGACAACAACAGGCUUGUCCCAGCUUGAUGUCAGAGGAACAGCAAGAACCACUUAGUCUGGUUAAAAGCAGGCAACCAAUAACUUUGACAAAAACAGAAGGGGUAGGGAACAGUGUUGUCAAACUGAGAGCUGGACGAAGACGAUGGGGUCAAACGUCCAUCAAAUCAAUCGACAGCUGGGAAUCUGCCAGUGAUGCAGAUUUUGGAGUUUCUAUCUCCAAAAAACCUACCAUCAAUUCUUUGAGGGAUGGAGCCAUUGAUGGGUCUAGCAGUCGGACGCCAAUGCCAAAGACACCUAUACCAUCAAAGCUGGCAAGCACCAAUGGACUGGACAAAAAAGACUCCACUAUCUUGUCUCCAAAACAGCACUACCUGCGGCAGUCCAGAUAUCUACCAGGCAUAGAUCCGAAAAGAAGAUCUUCAACAGGGACUCAGGAAGCCAGCAAAAGCUUGUGGGACAUCUUGGGCCUUGCUCAAGGACAGGAACUGGAGUGCCCCAUUACUAAAGAUUCCUUCAUGCCCAAGACAAAUAUUUCAUUUCUUGAGAAGUCAGAAACAAAAGACACCAAGCAGAUGACUCAACUGGCACAGAUUGGAGGCCCCUCUGCUGUUGAUCUAUCAUCUCCUACUGAUCUCAGGAUUGAUUCAAAAAUCAAACUGUCCAAGAAUGCAAUCCUCUCGAAUAAAGAUAACCAGAUAGAUCAUGACGACUUCAGAGCUUCCCAAAUCCCAUGUCCUUUGUCAAGUGCCAACUUCUCAGGGAUGAACACCUUCUCCAGAAACACAAACAUCCCGCCGGUACACGGGCGGGUUGACUGGACUGCCAAAUAUGGAGGCAAUCGAUAA